GGAACACCGCGUUACACGACUGUGCAGAAUCUGGAAGUUUGGAGAUCAUGAAAAUGCUUCUGAAAUACUGUGCUAAAAUGGAGAAGGACGGUUACGGGAUGACUCCCCUUCUGUCAGCGAGCGUGACAGGCCACACAAAUAUCGUGGACUUUCUGACCCAGCAUGUACAGACCAGUAAGGCCGAGCGCAUAAACGCUCUGGAACUUCUAGGAGCAACAUUUGUGGACAAAAAGAGAGAUCUGCUUGGUGCUUUGAAAUACUGGAAGCGAGCUAUGGAAAUGAGAUACAGUGAUAGGACUAAUAUCCUGAGCAAACCUGUGCCACAAACACUAAUUAUGGCCUUGAACUUUGGACAUGCAGCAGAGCAAUCUGAAGAGCUAGAAAAUCUGAUUGCAGACCCUGAUGAAAUGAGAAUGCAGGCACUGUUAAUUAGAGAACGUAUUCUUGGCCCUUCUCACCCAGAUACUUCCUACUAUAUUAGAUACAGAGGUGCUGUCUAUGCAGACUCUGGAAACUUCAAGCGUUGCAUCAACUUAUGGAAGUACGCUUUGGACAUGCAGCAGAGCAAUCUUGAUCCGCUGAGCCCUAUGACAGCCAGCAGCUUACUGUCGUUUGCUGAACUUUUCUCCUUCAUGCUGCAGGAUCGGGCAAAAGGCCUGCUAGGCACUACCGUCACGUUUGACGAUCUCAUGGGUAUACUGUGCAAAAGCGUUCUUGAAAUAGAACGGGCCAUGAAACAAACCCAGUGUCCUCCUGAUCCAAUGCAGCUGAACAAAGCCCUUUCCAUUAUUUUGCAUUUAAUUUGCUUGCUGGAGAAAGUACCUUGCAGCUCAGAACAGGAGCAUUUUAAGAAACAGACUAUUUACAAGUUUCUUAAGCUUCAGCCUAGGGGGAAGAAUAACUUCAGUCCACUUCACCUUGCUGUUGACAAUAAUACUACAUGUGUGGGUCGCUACCCAGUCUGUAAAUUCCCCUCUCUCCAAGUUACUGCUAUCCUGGUGGAAUGUGGUGCUGAUGUAAAUGUCAGAGACUCUGAUAACAACAGUCCAUUACACAUUGCUGCACUGAACAACCAUCCAGACAUCAUGAAUCUUCUUAUCAAGUCAGGUUCACACUUUGAUGCCACAAACUCACGUAAACAAACUGCUAGUGAUCUGCUGGAUGAGAAGGAAAUAGCAAAAAAUUUAAUCCAGCCCAUAAAUCAUACGACGUUGCAGUGUCUUGCUGCUCGUGUAAUUGUGAAUCAUAACAUAUACUACGCAGGGCACAUCCCCGAGAAACUGGAGAACUUUGUUUUGCUCCAUAGAUGA